ACUUAUCACGUCCCACUGUCCACAGUUUUAUCACCAUGUGCCCCGUCACAUUCUCCUCAUGGAAUUCACAAUAUUAUCCUGACAAACUCGCCUACACCAUCAACAUGGGCAUUAAAACAUUGUUCUUGGACAGUUUUCUUUAAUCACAGUUGAGCCAAAUUUAACACCCAAACCUACCUUAUCAAACUUUUUCACUUAUAUUAAAGUAAGCUGAUCUCUCAACUCCAAAAAGAUCUUCACAAAAAUAUCUUCUUCUUUGCAGCCCAAAAAGCAAAAAAAGUAAACCAUGUCUCCUCCCUAUGUUCUCUGUUUGUUAUCUUUUCUGCUCUGCAUUUUCCCCACCAUCUCCUCUGCUUUGUAUUUACCACUCACACAAUUUCAUACCAACCCAUCUCGAGAUCCAUUCCAGGCCCUCAACAACCUUGUCUUUUCCUCCUUAACAAGAGCCCAUCACCUCAAAAACCCCAAAACAACAACCAAAAUAGGUGCUUCCCCCACCACCACUCCACUCUUUUCUCACAGCUAUGGAGGCUACUCCAUUUCUCUCAGCUUUGGUACUCCUCCUCAAACCAUCCCUUUCGUCAUGGACACUGGCAGUGACUUCGUUUGGUUCCCUUGUACUAAUCGCUAUGUCUGCAAAAACUGCUCCUUUUCAUCCUCUCCCAAAACGAAUAUCCCAUCAUUUAUCCCUAAACAAUCUUCUUCCUCCAAACUUGUUGGCUGCCAAAACCCAAAAUGUUCUUGGAUCCGCCACACGAACACAACCCAAUGUGAUGAAUGUGAAAACAACUCCACUCCCCAAAACUGCACUCAAAUCUGCCCUUCUUAUCUUAUCCUUUAUGGCUCAGGAACCACGGGAGGCGUUGCAUUAUCUGAAACCCUGAAUCUUGGAGAUAGAACUGUGCCCGACUUCUUGGUCGGAUGCUCCGUAUUCUCUUCUCGCCAACCCGCUGGCAUUGCCGGAUUCGGCCGUGGCCUUCCUUCUUUACCUACGCAACUUAAGCUAGAUAAAUUCUCCUACUGUCUCAUCUCUCGGCGUUUCGACGACUCUACCAGUAGCAGCACUUUGAUACUUGAUAGUAAGUCGGAUUUUGAUAAGAAAACGAAUGGUUUAACCUACACACCCUUUCUCAAAAACCCAAUUGUCCAAGGCAAAGAAGCCUUCAAAGUUUACUACUACAUUGGUUUAAGGAAGAUAACAGUAGGUGGCCACCACGUUAAGGUUCCCUACAAAUAUCUUUGGCCUGGAAAUGAUGGUGAUGGUGGCACUGUAGUGGAUUCUGGCUCAACUUUCACGUUCAUGACACGUGAGAUAUUCGAACCUGUAGCUGAAGAAUUUGUAAAUCAAGUUAAGAAUUAUAGUAGAGCUCGUGAUGUUGAGAUUUUAACAGGGUUGAGGCCUUGUUUUGAUGUAAAGGGUGGGUUGAGACCGGUGGAGUUUCCUGAGUUGAGGUUGCAUCUUAAGGGAGGUGCUGAGGUAGCACUGCCGCUGGAGAAUUAUUUUGCGGUGGUUGGAGACGGGGCGGCAUGUUUGAUGGUGGUGACAGAUGGCGAUGUAGGUGGAGAUGAGAAUGAAGUGGGGCAUAGUGGACCAGCAGUGAUAUUGGGUAGUUUUCAGACGCAGAAUUACCAUGUGGAGUAUGAUUUGAGAAAUGAGAGGUUAGGAUUAAAGCAACAAUUAUGUAUAGAGUAAAAAUCUAUAUAUGUUUCAAAAUGGUCUUCACUUUUCUUUUCCAAUUUAUGGAAGGAGUGGUUGACUUCUUAGAAUUUGGUAAAGAAUUGUUUGUUUCUCGAGAAAA